AUGUCUGCCCCCGCAAACAUCACACUCAAGAACCUUGAUGGCCAGUGGGUCAUGAACCGGACCCGCUCCUCGGAAUACGACCCCCUUUUGAAGCUUCAGGGGAUCAACUGGUUGAUGCGCAAGGUGUUGAACAUGACCAACGUGGUUCUCGAGGUCAAGGAGUGGGAAGACGAAUCCGACGGCUUCACCCACAUGGACAUUGAUCUUAAGCCGACCUCGGGUCUGCCUGCCAGUCAGGAGAACAAGGUGUUUGACUUCAACGGAGUCGACUCCACCCACGCGCUUUUCGGAAAGAUCCGUGUCAGCCAAGGGUGGGCAGGUGCCCAGGAACUCAAUGAAGAGGACCAUUUCUUGAUUGAGGGAAUGGAGGAGGGCAUUGACAGCUUUGUCCACUUGAAGACCGAGCACCUUGACCACAAUGCUGUGACCCACCAAGCCUGGGGAUUUGAAGAGAUUGAGGGUGCACGAUACCACAGCAGGCACAUUGUUGGAAAGAAGGGUGAUCAGGUUGUACGCGUUAAGCUGGUCUAUGACUACCUGGGCCCUCGCUCUGACGCGGAAUAA